AAAAUUUAUCUCUUGCUCACCUGCUACAUAUGUCCUCACUGUCAACCUCACAAAAUCAAAAGCUUUCUCAACAAGCAUCCCUAAAAAAAGAAAAAGAAGAAAAAGCUCCUUACGAGUAAAUCAUGGCUCGUUCGAGUCAGAAAUUUAGUGUGUUCGAGUUCGACGAAGAAGAAGAAAAAGUCGAGAAGGAGUCUGCGAGGUUCGUCGGCAAAUUUCGGAUCCAAAAGAGAAGACGAAACGGCAACAACAAGGACGACGACACUUCUCCUCGCACUAAGUAUAAGUCUCUUCAGUGCUUUGGAGGAUGUACUGGGGCUGUAAAAAUAGAAAGUAGCAAUGAACCUAUUGAUAUAGAUGAUGAACCAAUCGAUGUUGACUGUGGAGUUGCAGGAGAGACCAAUUCCUUAUGCAAGGGAAACAGCAACGAAGUAGUAGAUAUCGAUCCUACCGACGUGGAGGGUCAAUGCCAAUAUUCUGUUUCAGCUCCUGCUUGCGUGCCACGAGAAGAUUGUUCUGUCAAGGAGAUUUCUCGGCUGGAUAGAUUAUUCAGUUUCUCAAAUUAUGAGAAUGAGUCAGUUGGUAGGAUUUCGGAUAAUGAUGUUGGGAUUGAAAUGAGCUCAUCUACUUCUGUCUCUACUCUUGUGGAGAAUGAAGGAAACCAAGUGCUAGAGUGUGGUUCUGUUGGACAUAAAAUUGAUUACACAAAUAAUACAGUUGCUGUUUUCCCUGACUAUAUCCUGUGUGGCGAUGUAUAUGGUGCAGAGUAUUGCUUAACUUUCUCAGGAAGCAGCAUCAGAAUGGAGGGUUCAACUGCAAAUGGGGUCAAGGGAAUAUUUAAUGCUGAGUGGACUCUUGAUGAUAUUAUUAGUAUUGAGUCAGAAUGGUGUGGAAUGGUUACGACUGCUAUGGUUUAUAUCUGUUUUAAAUCAAAGGUUUCUCAAGGAGCUGGAAAUACAAAUGAUACUUCAGGUGUUGACAAGUUGAAGUUUUCAGUUUGUGAUCCUCUUUGGAAUGAAGGAGAGGAAGCAAUCAAAUCAUUGCAUGUCAGAUACAGGGAUAGCUGGAAUGUUACUUCUGACUCUGAUUGGAAAAAUGAUGGAAAUGCCUUUUUUGGGCACAGUGGGAUGGUCAUCUCAAAGCCUUAUUUUCCUGUUCUUCGUGAGACAUUUGAAGAGGUUAUCUAUCCUAAAGGUGAUCCUGAUGCUGUUUCUAUUAGUAAGAGAGAUGUGGAGCUUCUACGCCCAGAGACAUUCAUCAAUGAUACCAUCAUUGACUUUUAUAUCCUGUAUUUAAAGAGUAAACUUAAGCCUGGGGACAAGCAUAGGUUCCACUUUUUCAAUAGCUUUUUCUUUCGGAAGCUUGCUGACCUAGACAAGGGCCCAUCUAAUGCUUGUGGAGGCAGGCUAGCUUUUCAACGUGUUCAUAAAUGGACAAGAAAGAUGAAUCUUUUCGAGAAAGAUUACAUUUUCAUUCCUAUAAAUUACAGUCUUCACUGGAGUUUGAUUGUCAUUUGUCAUCCUGGAGAAGUGGUUCAUUCCAGAGAAGAUGAAGGCAGAAAUUCAGUUAAGGUACCAUGCAUCUUACACAUGGAUUCUAUCAGAGGAAGUCAUAGGGGCCUCAAGAAUCUUAUUCAGAGUUAUCUGUAUGAAGAGUGGAGAGAAAGGCAUAACGGGACAGUGGAUGAUACAUUGUCAAAGUUCUUACAUUUACGGUUUGUCCCACUUGAGCUUCCACAGCAGGAAAAUUCAUAUGACUGUGGCCUGUUUGUGCUCCAUUAUGUUGAACGUUUUCUUGAGGAAGCUCCUAUUAAUUUCAGUCCUUUCAGGAUAACAGAGGUUUCAAACUUCCUUAAUAGAAAUUGGUUUCUACCUUUGGAGGCCUCUCUGAAAAGGGCAUGCAUCCAGAAGUUGAUCUGUGAAAUUCUGGAAGAUCGGUCAUCUACCCCAUUUUCUGAUCCAUAUGAAGAAGAAACUGGAGUUGAGUUUCUUGAGGAGAUAUCUAGUUCAGUAUCUGGUACUGGUACUGGUACUGGUACUGGUACUGGUACUGCUACUGAUACGGGGAUUAAUAUCUCAGUCACAACGAAAUCUCCAAUGAGAGUUGCACAUCAACAACAACCUGGAGAACUAGGAUUGAAAUCCAGGAAUUUGUUCGAACCAGGAACUAGUGCAAGGUCCUUUUCCAAUGAAGAUUGCUGGCAGACAGGAACAAUUCAUGGGAGCAGUUGCAUGUCACCAGUAGAGGAAAUUGGUGAGCGAAUCUCUGAUUCAUCAUCAGACACAGGAGAUUAUUUGCAACAUACUGGCUUGGCAACUGAAUUUCCCUCAACCACAUUUUCUCAUAAAAAUCUUAGAUCUCUCGGUUCAUCAUCAAGCAAUAAGAAAUAUAUGCAAAUUGAGGAACCUUAUGAUGAUUCCAGUUCUGAAGCAUCUAUCAGUGGAUCCCUUAAAUCAUCAGAGAUAGGGGUAGGGGUUGAUGAAGAUCAUUUUCUUUCCCAGAUUGAGGGAUCUGAUCAUCGAACACAAACUAAUUGCCAUGAACUCUCUUCAAAAUCAACCGAGUCUGAGGAACUUGCUGAUUGUGUUGUUGAGGACUCCGAAGAGGGAAACAGCAUGCACAACGACCAAGUGGCAAAUGAUUCACCAUCCUCCCUUCAUUGCAAUGACCUUGUUGCAUCAAUUGAUGCCAUUAAGGCUACCGAAAACAUUUUGCGAAAAGUCCGGAAACCUGUAUGCAAUGUAGAUUCGGCAUCAGAUGAACAGACUAGAAAGGACAAGCUUACAUCUUCUGAUGGCGCAUGACAACUUGGAGGAAGCAUUCUAAAAAGAUUCGCAUCGAUUUCACGAAGAACAGCAGUGCAAGAACAGUAUAUAUUUUGUAAGGGCUUGUAAGUAAAGAAAUAGCCAGUACUUUGAUGGGCCUUUAAGUUUGUAAAUAUUACAGAAACAGGUAGAGAAAAGAAGAGAGCUAGAGGGUGCUUUUCUGUUGCGCAGCAACCAUGAUACCAUAGAAUUUGGCGGUACAUAAGAACAAACAGGGGUGUAGAAAGAAAGACGGUGCUUUAGCUAUGGCAGACUUUUUUCCGUAUGCUGAAAAAGCCCCUUCAAGUAACGAUGAAAUGCCGUGUACUUUGGAAUUAAGUAAUUAAAUUGGGGAACGCUGGCAUGUCGAUUUUGACGUGAGUUUGAAGUCUAUGGCUGGGUUUUUCAUCUAAUAUGGAUUGAGAUGCGUUGAACUAUGCUCGGACUUCAUUAGGUACGCUUCUUCUCUACUGUGAAAGAAAUUCAGGAGCAAAUUCAACAUGUAAAUGGGGGCCUAGUAGAGGUACCAUAAAAAUCCUGAUCUGUUCAACAAUUGUGCAGUGACAUCAUAAGGGGUAUUUUGAUGAUGUAACGAUAAUAUUUGAAAGAGUUUUCUAGGCAUUAAAAGCCACAAUUGAGGUUUGGAGGUAUAACUGUCGGCUGAUGAGAAAUGGUAACGACACCCAUUUAUACAAUAAGUUUAUUGGAAA